AUGCCAUUCCCCUAUCAAAAGGUUCUCUCUUUAGGAGCAGAUGUCCUGCCCGAAUAUAAACUGCAGACGCCACGCAUCAACAAGUUUACAAUAUUACACUACAGUCCUUUCAAGGCAGUCUGGGAUUGGCUUAUUCUGCUGUUGGUCAUAUACACUGCUAUCUUCACUCCCUACUCUGCAGCCUUUCUCCUCAAUGACAGAGAAGAACAGAAAAGACGAGAAUGUGGCUAUUCCUGUAGCCCUUUGAAUGUGGUAGACUUGAUUGUGGAUAUUAUGUUUAUCAUAGAUAUUCUAAUAAACUUCAGAACAACAUACGUAAAUCAGAAUGAAGAAGUGGUAAGUGAUCCCGCCAAAAUAGCAAUACACUACUUCAAAGGCUGGUUCCUGAUUGACAUGGUUGCAGCAAUUCCUUUCGACUUGCUGAUUUUUGGAUCUGGUUCUGAUGAGACAACAACAUUAAUAGGUCUUUUGAAGACAGCUCGACUCCUUCGUCUUGUGCGAGUGGCCCGGAAACUUGAUCGAUAUUCGGAAUAUGGCGCUGCUGUUCUAAUGCUCUUAAUGUGCAUAUUUGCCCUGAUUGCUCACUGGCUGGCUUGCAUUUGGUAUGCGAUUGGGAAUGUAGAAAGGCCCUACCUGACUGACAAAAUUGGAUGGUUGGAUUCCUUAGGACAACAAAUUGGGAAACGUUACAAUGACAGUGACUCAAGUUCUGGACCAUCCAUUAAAGACAAAUACGUCACAGCACUUUAUUUUACCUUCAGCAGUUUAACCAGUGUAGGAUUCGGGAAUGUGUCUCCUAACACCAAUUCGGAGAAAAUCUUUUCAAUUUGUGUCAUGUUGAUUGGCUCACUAAUGUAUGCAAGCAUUUUUGGGAAUGUAUCUGCAAUUAUCCAAAGACUAUACUCGGGAACUGCCAGGUACCACAUGCAGAUGCUGCGAGUAAAAGAGUUCAUUCGCUUUCACCAAAUCCCCAACCCUCUGAGGCAACGACUUGAAGAAUAUUUCCAGCACGCGUGGACUUACACCAAUGGCAUUGACAUGAACAUGGAAGUCCUAAAGGGUUUCCCAGAGUGUUUACAAGCUGAUAUUUGUCUACAUCUCAACCAGACUUUGCUGCAAAACUGCAAAGCCUUUCGGGGGGCAAGUAAAGGUUGCCUUAGAGCUUUGGCAAUGAAGUUCAAGACCACCCAUGCACCUCCAGGAGACACCCUGGUUCACUGUGGGGAUGUCCUCACUGCACUUUAUUUCUUAUCCAGAGGUUCCAUCGAAAUCCUCAAAGAUGACAUUGUGGUAGCUAUUCUGGGAAAAAAUGAUAUAUUUGGAGAAAUGGUUCAUCUUUAUGCCAAACCUGGAAAGUCUAAUGCAGAUGUAAGAGCUCUCACCUACUGUGAUUUGCAUAAGAUCCAGAGAGAAGACUUGUUGGAGGUUUUGGAUAUGUACCCUGAGUUCUCAGAUCACUUUCUCACAAACCUAGAGCUGACUUUCAACCUCAGGCAUGAGAGUGCAAAGUCCAUGAAUGACUCUGAAGGAGACAACUGUAAACUACGAAGAAGGAAACUGUCAUUUGAUAGUGAAGGAGAAAAAGAUUUUGGCAAAGCAAACAGUACAAAUGAUCCUGAAGACUCUGUAGAUACCAUAAGAAAUUAUCAGAGUUCCAAGAAACACUUUGAAGAGAAAAAAAGCAGAUCUUCAUCUUUCAUCUCCUCCAUUGACGAUGAACAAAAGCCUCUCUUUUCAGGAAUAGUAGAUUCUCCUCCAAGAAUAGGGAAAGCAGCUGGACUCGAUUUUGAAGAAACAGUGCCCAUCUCGGGAAGAAUUCACAUAGAUAAAAGAAGUCACUCUUGCAAAGAUAUCUCUGACACAAAAGUCUGGGAACGAGAAAAUGCCCGGACUCAGGCUGAUGAGUCUAGUCCCUCAGCACUUCAGCGAGCUGCCUGGGGGAUCUCUGAAACCGAAAGUGACCUCACAUACGGAGAAGUGGAGCAAAGACUAGAUUUGCUUCAAGAACAACUUAACAGACUUGAAUCCCAGAUGACUGCUGACAUCCAGACCAUCUUACAGCUACUGCAGAAACAAACUACUGUGGUCCCCCCAGCCUACAGUAUGGUAACUGCAGGAGCAGAGUAUCAGAGACCGGUCAUCGGCCUGAUGAGAACCAGUCAUCCGGUAGCAUCCAUCAAGACCCAUCGAAGUUUCAGUCCUUCCUCACAAUGCCCUGAAUUUCUAGACCUUGAAAAAUCUAAACUUAAAUCCAAAGAAUCCCUCUCAAGUGGGGUGCAUCUGAACACAGCUUCGGAAGACAACUUGACUUCACUUGUAAAACAAGACAGUGAUCUCUCUUUAGAGCUUCGCCCGAGGCAAAGAAAAACUUACCUUCCUCCAAUUAGGCAUCCUUCUUUGACAGAUUCAUCCCUAAGCACUGUAGGAAUCUUGGGUCUUCAUAGGCAUGUUUCUGAUCCUGGUCUUCCAGGGAAAUAA